AUGUCGUCUGAUUUCACACUUGACAUAGUCACAAGGGCCGCCGAAGAAGAGGCUGCUCAAGCAGCAUUCCGCAAAUCUGCAAUUGAGUCUUGGACACUCUAUGCAAUUGGCGUCGCUGCGACCAUACUCAGGACGUAUGCCAGAGGAAGCGCUGUGGGAUUCAGGCAUCUGCGAGCCGAUGAUUACCUUAUCUGGGUAGGGAUACUAUUCUACACCGCACAGACAGCUCUCGCAUACAGCGUGGGAAACGUUGCCCAUGGCCUAGCCAACAAUGGUAUGACAGAUGCCCAGCGCGCUGGAUUGUCCGUUGAUGAUCCCGAAUACCGAUUUAGGAUUAUCGGAUCCAAGAUCCAGGUCGCAGGAUGGACUACAUAUUCGGCGUUGAUCUGGUCACUUAAGCUCUCCAUGUUGGCAUUUUACGUUCGACUUACGGAUGGUCUUGGACGGCGCUAUCGGGUCCCAGUUUAUAUUGGCUUCGCCCUCGUCAUCGGGACCUUUAUAGCGAGCAUUGUAACAAUCUUCGCAGCAUGCCGACCGCUUCACAGAUACUGGCAGAUCAACCCGGACCCUGGCAGGAAAUUUCUAGAUAUCUGUCAGGCUGCUAUCUCCAAACCAAUAGUUUGGGUUUCCUUCGCCGCAAACGUCAGCACCGAUCUCUACUUAAUAACGAUCCCAAUUCCAGUAUUAUGGAGCACUAAACUGAAACUGGGAAAAAAGAUCGCUUCUACAGUCGUACUCAGUGCCGGUGUAUUCGUUCUGGUUUGUGCCACCCUGAAGAGCGUCUUCGUCCUAGUAGACCCCCUCCACGGCGCAGAACUAAGCGGCGCAUGGGGUACGCGCGAGACAUUCGUCGCAGUUAUAACGACCAAUCUACCCAUGAUAUUCCACCUGUUCAAAUCCUGGCUCGGGCGCGUUUACGGUAGUGCUUUCAACUCAACCCCAACACACAAAUAUCCCAGUGGUUUCCAGAGCAUUGGGGGAGGGGGUGGUGACUCCCGGAGUCGGAAUCGCCGGAAACCCUCUAGCGGGCAUCCUACAGUGGGGACCCUGACAUUGACCGAGAGUGAGGAACGGAUGGUGGGCGACGUCAAGAUGCAGAAUCUGAAGACCUACCCGGCGUCUCCGACUGGGACCAUCGCCAGCAGUAUCUUAGUCUCCAACCGGAUCGAGGUGACCCACGAGGACAGAAGUAGUCGGAAUAGCGAGCUGGACCCGCAGCGCCUGCAUGAGACUUGGUAG